GGGCCGGGAGGGAGUGGGACAGACUCUGGGAGUGCAGCGGGGAGGAGUCCUGGCUGGGCUGAGCGGGGAGCUGCUUGGCAGUGCCAGAGCCCAGGCCCCAGAGCCUUGCUGGAGAGGAGGUGGACUGGAGAGGCAGGAUUCCUCACUUAGGGAACAAAGUCUGGGAUGGUUAAGGGUGGGGCUCUCUGAACUCUCUCCCCACUCCCAAGGCCAGCUGGGAGUAGGCUUGCCACAGUUCUUGCUGAGGCCCCACGAGGAGUGAGGCAGUAAGAUGGCGGACAGCUACACGGAGCUGGAGAAGGCGGUCGUCGUGCUGGUGGAAAACUUCUACAAAUACGUGUCCAAGCACAGCCUGGUCAAGAACAAGAUCAGCAAGAGCAGCUUCCGGAAGAUGCUUCAGAAAGAGCUCAAUCAUAUGCUGACAGACACAGGAAACCGAAAGGCUGCUGACAAGCUCAUCCAGAACCUGGACGCCAACCACGACGGGCGCAUCAGCUUUGACGAGUACUGGACCUUGAUAGGUGGUAUCACUAGUCCCAUUGCCAACCUUAUCCGCCAGCAGGAGCAACAGAGCAGCAGCUAGAGGACCCCUCCCUCUGUCCCUUCAUGGCACUGCCCCAAUACCCAGCCCCUGAUGUUCUUUCCAGGCUCCCCCCUCAGCCUCCCGCCCACCCAGGCCUCUGUCCUCACUUCUCCUGGCAGACCUUCUCCUGACCCUUGCUGAACAGGGAAGGGGGGAUGUCGGGGCCCCUUUGUGAGUGUCUCAGUCUGGGGGUACCUCCUUAAGGGUCUCAGUCCUUGGAGCCAGCAGGCCCCGGGGGGCCCCUCUGUGAGAUCUCAAUGCUGUUUGGGGAUCCCUGAGAGUUUUCUCACCUAUUCAGUCCAUCUAUCCUUCUAAUGUCUGAUGUUCCUGCCUGCUUCUGGGUCUCUGCUGACCUCUGGAGGUCAGCUUGCUGAUUGAGGUCUCCGCUGCUCCUGGCAGCAGCAGAGACCUCUCCCCUUUCCCUUAGCCCCUCUGUUGGGUAGAGAACACUUCCAGGAUCUCCUCUCCAGCUACCUCUAGGUCUGGGAACAGCUAAGCAGGGUUGAGCCCCUCCCUCCUGCUUAGCCACUGAAACAAUGGCUAUAAAGGCUGGAUUUGGAGUCUGUAUCCCUCUCACUGGGUCCUUUUGUGAUGCUCAUUAAAACCUUUCCACUCCUUGGAA